AUAAUUAAUUUUAAUCAUUUGUAAAAUUUAUUUGUCGCUAGCUCAAAGACUUUCUGGUGUGUGAUAAAUAAUUUAUUAACUGAAAAAAUCAAAAAUCUUUUGUAAGGAUAUUUUUCAACAAAUUACUAAAUAUGUAUGCCGUUGCUGCUCUAAAAAAUACAAUCCGGUUGGGCUUCCCGAAAAAGUUGCUCCAUAACAAUACGUCAAGGAAAUAUUCCAAUCAAGCCAUAAGCCAUCUGUUAGCGUUGUCUGAAACCAAACUCUGUGCAGAGUCUCCUUCGAGGGGAUUAGUAUUAGGAGUCUAUGCCGAUGAGGACGAUAAAACCGAUGCUGGCCAAUUGACUGCAGCUGCACUCCGAUAUAAUUCUAUGAGAACCGAUGGGAGACUCCUUGAGGUUCUACGGAUGUCGGGACCAAUGCCAAAGCGUGGGGAAGCAAGGAUUCUGUUUGCCGUCGAAACGGAAAAAGUGCCGUACUAUUCGGCAGUGGCUGUUGUAGGACUCGGUCAUGAGUGCUUGGGCUUCGAUUCGUUCGAAAUGAUUGAUGAACGGAAAGAGGCCAUUCGAAGGGGCGUAGCUGCUGCAUGCAUGCAACUGAGUGAUCUCUCUACAGAUAGAAUAGAAAUUGAAAAUUGUGGACAUGCGGAAUCGGCUGCCGAGGGAGCGGCUCUGGGAGUCUGGGCUUACCAGGAACUAAAGGAUGCAAAAAAACGCAUGGAGAAACCAAGUAUCGAAUUGUACACACACAAGGAUGAAAUUUGUGACAUUGAAGGUUGGCGUAUUGGUCUUCAAAAAGCAGCUGCUCAAAAUUUGUGCAGAGAACUCCAAGAGACGCCAUCAAAUUUGCUCACUCCAACUGCAUUUGCUGAAAAAGUAAUUAAGGUCUUGUGCAAGACAGAUGUCAAUGUUGAGGUGAAGGGCGAGGGAUGGGCUGAGAGCCAUGAAAUGAAUGCCUUCUUAGCUGUGGGAAAGGCCUCUUGCGAAGCUCCGAUUUUCUUGGAGUUAAGCUACUAUGGUGGCCCCAGAGAUGACAGGCCAAUAGUCCUCAUUGGACAGGGAAUAACAUACGACUGUGGCGGUCUGAACUUGAAAAAGAAUGAUGAACUGAAAAUCAUGCGAGGUGACAUGGCAGGAGCGGCUGUUGUGGUUUCUACUUUGAAGGCCAUUUCCAGUCUUCGACUGCCUAUCAAUAUCCGUGCCCUGAUUCCGUUAUGUGAAAACGUCAUGGGUUGCAAUUCCUUUCGACCAGGGGAUGUAGUCAAGUGUCGUAAUGGAAAAACUAUUUGCAUCCAAGGAACCGAUCACGAAGACGUUCUUGUCCUCGCAGACGCCCUGCACUAUGCUCAGAACUUUUGCCCCAAGUGUGUUGUGGACAUCGGGACGACAUCUGGAGGCAUGCGUCAGGCACUGGACGAGUCUGCUUGUGGUGUAUUCACCAAUUCGGAAAUUCUAUGGCAGCAAAUCAAAAAUGCCAGUAUCCACACCGGCGAUCGGGUCUGGAGAUUUCCACUGUGGAAUUAUUACUCGAGAUUGGUAACAAAAUCUUCUAUUGCUUCCGACGUCCAAAACUACGGUGGAGGCUCUGGGGGAAAUCCAUGCAAGGCGGCAGCCUUACUGCGUGAAUUUGUGCCGUGUGGACAAUGGAUGCAUAUUGAUGCAACAAAUGUAAUGUAUUCAAAUGGAAAAAGUCUCGAAUAUAUUCGCAAAGGAAUGACCGGUCGACCAACUAGGACAAUGAUUGAAUUCGUUGCACAAAGUAUUUGCAAGGAAACAGCUCCAAAAAUACCACCAGAGAAAUUGUAAAAUUUGAAGCUUGUAAUUUUAUUUUUGACUUUUUGAGAUGUAUUUUUAUGUUUUUAUAAUAAAUUCCAAAAACCUAUAAACGCAA